AUGGCUGAUUUGAAGAAAAUGAAGUGGCAUUCGUAUUUUUUACAUGCGAUUAUGCUAUUCGUCAGUUUGAUUUAUGAAGCUGGCGGCCUCCGUACCACGGAAUUGCACAUUACCCCUCGCGUCGUUCAGCGCGGGAGGAAUGUCACGAUGGUCUGCAUUUACGGGUUGCAUGAGAGCGAGAUCUACUCGGUCAAGUGGUACAGGGACUCGCAGGAGUUUUAUAGAUAUUCCCCGUUAGAGUCCCCCACUACUAGAGUUAUGCCUGUUAAUGGAAUUAAAGUUGAUAGGUUAAACUCGAACGAGACACAGGUAGUGAUAAUAAGGGUGACGCCAAACUUAAGCGGUAACUACAGCUGUGAAGUGAUCCAGAAUGCUCACACUUUUCCACAUUAUACGUCGUCGGCCAAACUUGAUGUCGUUGGAUUCGGAGGUCUCCGAGCUACUGAACUUCGAAUAUCGCCACCGGUAGUCCAGCGUGGUUCUGACGUCACCCUCGCUUGUCUGUACGAGCUGACAGAUGCACCGCUCUACUCAGUCAAGUGGUACAGGGGCCGGCACGAGUUUUACAGAUAUUCGCCAACUGAAACACCGGCGACUAAGAUCUUUCCUUUUGCUGGUAUCAAUGUUGAUCUGGCCAGAUCAAAUCAAAGCCAAGUGGUGCUCACGCGGGUCAGUUUUGGUCUGUCUGGAAACUUUAGCUGCGAAGUAACGGCCGAUGCACCGUCUUUUGCCACGUCCAUUGUUUCCAAUACUAUGGACGUUGUUGUGUUGCCACCAUCAACGCCCUCGAUUCAGACCAGUCAGCACUACUACAUGCCAGGAGAUGUGCUCCAAGCCAACUGCUCUUCGGGACCAAGUCGUCCACCUGCAGAGUUGACUUUCUUCAUUAAUGAUAUUCCUGUCACACCAGGUCUGCACACCGCGCAACCAGCUCCUGAAGGUCUUUUCCAUUCGGAACUCUACGUUCAAGUCCACCUUUGGCCCGCUCAUUACGAAAGGGGGGCACCGAUUUUACGUUGUGAAGCAAAAGUCGGAGACCUAUAUAGAGAAAACUCAGCUGUGGCUUUAUACUCAGCAAAUAGUGAUCCUAAAAUCGAGAGAGUUACUUCGCCCGGAGCUGCAGCCAAAUUGCAAAUGUGCCAAAUCUUAAUCCUUCUUUGCAUCAUCGUGUGGGCUAAUAAUACAUAG